AUGUUCGAAAGCCUCGACCAAAGAACGGUGGGCAGCCAAUCGCCGGAGGCGGAUUCCACCUCGCCGCCGCUGCAGGGCUCCUACAGCGACGAUGUGGAGGACUACCAGCCCAGCGCCGAGGAUCAGGGCAAGUGCUGUCUGGUGUGCGGCCACAUCUCCCACGGCUGCCACUUCGGGAUCCUGGCGUGUCGCGCGUGCGCCGCCUUUUUUCGACGAACCGUCGCCGAAAAGAAGGUCUACAAGUGCAGACAGAAUUGCAAAUGCCCGAUAAGGAAAGGUAGGAGGGAUUUUUGAGAUUUUUUAAUUUUAAAAAUUUUCAAAAAAUCAAGAAAAUCCAUUUUUCCGCUUUUUUAAAAAUUUUUAAAAAUCGAAAAAAUCAAAAUUUCAAAAUUUCAUUUUUAAAUAUUGCUCAAAUUAUAAGUUUUAAUUUUUUACAAUUUUUAAAAAUUUUUCGGGUUAAAAUAUUAGGUUGAUUCAAAAGUUUUUCCACAUGUCUUUAAAAAAUUUUAAAAAAUUUAGACCAAAGCCAGUGGGCCUGAUAUAUAUCUUGUUAGAAAGAGAGCUGUUUGUAGGUUAUAGUAGAUUAAUAACUUUUUACAACUUAGCAAUUUGUGGUAGUAGCGCCGUGUUAAACCUUAACUACUCGAAGGAAGAAAAAGUAAACCGCCGGCGUUACGUCUAGAGUGGCUGCAUCUUCUUAAUAUUCUAGAAUAUGGUAUGCCUGUAUGUAAUCUCUAUGGCAUCGAGGACAAUUUGCUAUAGGGCUAGUCGAAAAAUUUUUAGUGCGAAAAAUCUAAAAUUAGGGUCUGGCAAAAGUAGACCCUGUAGACGCAGCUAUUAGAAGCACUAAGAGAUAACGCUUUCCGUUAUUGUAGUGUAUGAGUAGCACUACAACGCCAACACUAAACAUUCGCGCUAGCUUUAGCUAUGCGGCAGAAAAAUCGAAUCUUUCUAAUCUACCAAUAUUUUACGAAAUUUAGGGGAUUUUUACAAAAACGUUUUCUGUUCAUUACUCUCGCCCGGUAUCCUAGUUAUUUAAUAAAUAAUUGAUCCCACUUGACAUACACUAUCAGUUGCUAGACGCGCUAAGCUGAAGGUCCCCUUGCCGUACCAGUAAAAAAAUUACAAAAAUUCGCCUAAAAGUGCAGUUUAUGCUACUUUUCUACCUUAUAAGGCAAUUUCAGUUGGUGACUUUUUGAAUGUAUCAUCAGCAUACUGCCUUUGUACAACCUGAAUGGCAGCCGAGUCAAAAAAUCUAACUCCUUUCAAAAAAUUUUUAAAAAUCUGCUUUUGAUCGGUAGCUCGGCUCUCCGGCCAACUUUAUGGGAUGCUACAAAAAACGUCAGUGUAGAUAUAAGUAGAGAAAUAAAUUCAGAAGAAACUACAGCCAUCCCCAGUACGAAUAACCCAAAACCCGAGACUUUUUAGUGGGCUGGAAAAUUGCUAGGGCCCGGGAUAUUCACCAUGACACAAACGGAGAAAUUUUUAGUAUUUUUGAAAUAUUCUGAAAGGAAGCUUGUAGAAAAUAAAAUGCUACGAAUCAAAAAUUUUGCAAUGUUCUGCCCCAUACAUCUAUGCUUUCAGUUUUAACGUACAUUCAAUCAGGCUCCAGGAAUUUUAUUUUGAAGUGUCUCAAAAAAAUGUGGAAAAACUUUUGAAUCAACCUAAUAGAAGGGAUUUUUGAGCUUUUUUUAAUUUAAAAAAUUUUCAAAAAAUCGAAACAAAUAUUUUUUUUAUUUUUAAUAAUUCAAAAAAAAAAUCUGAAAAUUCAAAAAUUCAAAAUUUCAAUUUUAAAUGUCUUUAAAUUAUUAAUUUAAAUUUUUUAUAAUUUUUUAAAAUUUUUUCAUGUUAAAAUAGAAGGGAUUUUUGAGAUCUUUGAAUUUUAAAAAUAGAAAAAAAUAAUUUUUUUAUUUUUAAUAAUUCAAAAAAAAAUCUGAAAAUUCAAAAAUUCAGAAUUUCAAUUUUAAAUGUCAUUAAAUUAUUACUUUACAUUUUUUAUAAUUUUUUUAAAUUUUUUUUCAUUUUCAAAAAUCCCAAAAAUUUCCCUCCAAAAUUUUGCAUCCAAUCCCCCCAACAAUCCACCGACCAAAUCACAAAACGUUCGUGACGUAGAGCACUAAAAUCCACUUCCUUUUCAGAAAUGAGAAACAUGUGCCGUGCGUGUCGUUUCAAGAAAUGUCUGGCACUCGGAAUGAAUAAGAAAGGUAAGCUAAUUUCCACAUAAUCUUUGGGUAAAGGCCUUGCAUUUCCUUGUCUUUAAUGGACAAGUAAUUUUGCACUUUACUCCCCUCAUGCUAAAUUGUAAGGUUUUGUUGGGCGAUAAAAUCUCCGACCUCUCCAUGUCGAACCAUUUUUCAAGCAAAUCAUAACGCAUGUCGUUGUGUUCUGGUCGUCUUGACGGAGUCAACGGACCAGUUUCGCUUUGGGAAGGCGUCUGAUUUGUGUUCUAAUUUAGGGAAUUUGAGGGUACUCCGACUUUUCGGCGUAUUUCUGGGAUUUUUCGUCGCGCACGGGAUUUCGGAAAGACUCAACAUGUUUGAAACCACUGAAUGAAGUAGAAAGCAUGACAUAAACCAUAAAGGAAGAGGAAGGGGACAUUUUAUACGAUAAAACACAUUUUUUUGCAAAUUAGUCGCAUCUUGCCAUAGUAUUCUAGCAAUCCGGCGCUUGCUCAUUUUAAUGGAAGCAUAGGGAUGAAAAAGGCGAAGGAGGCCGAAAAAUGUCGGUUGCGGGACAUUUUAUACGAUGAAACAGGUCUUUUCUGAUUUUGGUCUCCUCUUGCCAUGGUUUUGUUAAAAAAUGUAAAUUUUUAUGGUUUCUGUACAAAAAUGCCAUAAUAAAUCCAUCCAACUCGAAUUUUACCGUUUGCGGGACAUUUUAUACGAUGAAAAAUAUCUUCUGUUAGUUUGGUCUCCUGUUGCCAUAGUGUUAUUAAAAAAUAUAAAUUUUUACGUUUCUUAUACAAAGAUGCCAUAAAAAAUCCAGCCAAAACAAAAUAUAUUAUUUGGGAGACAUUUUAUACGAUGAAACAUGUCUUUCGGUAUUUUGGUCUCCUCUUGCCAUAGUUUCAUGAAGUUUAAUUUUUUCCUAGCCCCCUUUGCUCCUAUUCGAUUUCCAGGGCAUAGUCUAGUUAUUAGUAGCCAAAGUGCCCAGUAAACCCCUCCAAAUUUCCUAAAAAUUUCAAAAAAUCCCAUUUUAGACGUCCAAAUGAACCGCGACCCAAUUGGGCGCCGGAAAGAAGUGAAAGUCAUUGAAUGCUGCGGUCCCAGCGAUGCGUCCUGCUGCUCCACCUCGCAACUGCCGAGCCAGAGCACUGUUCUGGAUCAAACCCCCAUCACUACCUCAAUCCCGCUGCUGAAUUCGGUGAACUCGAACGUUUUCUCCUCCCUCGACCUGAGCGCCAUCUCCUCCACAUUCACGUGCUCGUUGCUGAACCAGAAACCCGCCGACCUGGUGAACAGUCAGGUGCUGGUCAUGCCACAUGGCAUCCGGAAUCUGGGCCAGCCCUCCACCGUCGCUCUGCUGCCGUACACGCCGCCGGCCGGGCCCAGUUUGUUGCAGCGAAUGCACGAGGGAUAUGCGAACUAUCAGAGCUCACAGAAAUCGUUGUAUACGGUCAUGUAUCCGGACAAUAUUUUUAGCAGUGACAUCUAUAGGAUGGUCAAGCAUUCGGAGCAUUUGAAAAUGGAACGUGGAUGCCUGAGCUUGAUGUUCAGCAUGGUGAAUGAUUGGUUCCAGCCGUUCGACACGCUCACACAUGAUUUGAAGGUCAGUGCAGGGGGUUUUGAGAUUUUUGGGGUGGAAAAAAAGUGUUGAUGAGUGUUUUUUUUUCAAAUUUUUGGAUUUGGAUGUUUUUUUUGAUUUUUUUGUAUUUUUUCAAAAAAAAAAUAAAAUAAAAUAAAAUAAAAAAUAAAAAUUUUAAAAAUAAAAAAAGUAAAAUUAAAAAAAAAAAUUUUUUGUAAUUCUUGAGAUUUUUGGAUUUAAUUUUGCAAAAUUUUCCAACAAAACCCAAAAAAUUUUUUGUUUUUUUUUUUUUUUUUUUUUAAGAUUUUUUUUCUUAAUUUUCCAAAUUUUUCUAACAAAAAAUCAAAAAAAAAAAUUUUUUUUAUUUUUAGAAUUUUCCAAAUUUUACCAAAAAAUUUUAUUUUCAAAAUUUUUUUUUUGCUUUUUUUCAAAUUUUAACUCCCUUUUUUACAGGUAGUAGUCCUAAGGGCAUUUUCCUCGACCUUCUGUCACUUGGACCAAGCCUACAAAACAAUGAACGCGUUCCCCAGCGAAGAAGACUCCCGAUUUGUCCUUCAUUACGGUCAAUACAUUGACGGAAAUAAUAUGGAAUACUUUUUCCAGGAAGAUAAGGACCCAUCCGUCGCUGCACAGUGAGUUUUUUUCGAUUUUGAAAAAAAAAAAUUUUUUUGAUUUUCGAUUGAAAAAAUUUUUUUUGAUUUUUGCACUGUGCAGAGGCUCAAAAAAGUUGAUUGCACAGUGCAAAAACCAAGUUUGAUUGCACUGUGCAAUUUUAUUUAAUUUUUGCGACAUCGCACAGUGCAAGUUCAAAAAUCGAUUGCACUGUGCAAUUUUGGCGACAUCGCAGCUUAUUUUGCACCGUGCAAUCGGAAAAAUUAAUUGCACUGUGCGAAAUAAAAAAAAGAUUGAUUGCACUGUGCAAAAAAUUUAGCGCGACAUUGUGCACAGUGUAGACGGCUUUUUUGCGGUUUGCACAGUGCGAAAAGAUAAAAAUUCACAAACUGCACUGUGCAUAAAAUUUGAAAGAAAAGUUUUGAAUUUGCACAGUGCAGUCGACAAAAUGGAAUGUGCGUUAGCGACAAGUAUGGGAAACAGUUCAAAAUGCACUGUGCAAAAGAAAAAAAUUGAUUGCACUGUGCAAAAAAUUUCGCGCGACAAAUUUGCACUGUGCAAACGGCUUUUUUGAGUUUGCACUGUGCAAAAAAAGGAAAAUGCACAGUGCGUUAGCGACAACUAUGGGAAAAAGUUCAAAAUGCACUGUGCAAAACAAAAAAAUUGAUUGCACUGUGCAAAAACUUCGGCGUGGAAAAUCUGCACUGUGCGGACGGCUUUUUUGAGUUUGCACUGUGCAUUAGCGACAAGUGUGGGAAAAAGUUCAAAAUGCACAGUGCGAAAGAAAAAAUUAUUGACCGCACUGUGCAAAAAAUAAGGCGCGACAAAUUUGCACUGUGCAAACGGCUUUUUUGAGUUUGCACUGUGCGUGGGAAAAAGUUCAAAAUGCACUGUGCGAAACAAAACAAAUGUCCAUGCACUUAAUGAAAACACUAAAAUAUAUUUUUUCCAGAAUGUGUAAACCAGUCAUGGCCCGGGCCCGUCAUUUGGUCGCGAAAAUGCGACGACUCCAAAUCCGGGAAGUGGAAAUCGCCGCAUUGGCGGGAGUGAUUCUGUGGAAUGAGAUCGGGUUGACCACCAGCUACGAGGGCGCGGACAAACUACGGGAUCGGAUUUACUCCGAAUUACACAGCAAUAUCAUCAUCACGUACGGUGUCAGCGAAACGGGUGCCCGCAUGGGAACACUGUUGUGCUUGCUGAACGAUUUACAUGUAAGUGGGCUCUGGGCGACGUUUUAUACGAUGAAAAAUGUUUGUCCGAAAAAUGAGGUCAUUUUUACAAAAAUGAAACAAAAUUUGGCCCGGUGACAUUUUAUACGCUGAAAGUUAGAAUCUGAGAAAAUGGGUGACAUUUUAUACGAUGAAAAGUGCUUUUUGGGUAACCGUUGGCAUUUGCAUUUGGCAAUAAAUUCAAAAAAUUUUGGGCCUGGUCACAUUUUAUACGAUGAAACUUUAAAGAUGAGAAAAUUGGUGACAUUUUAUACGAUGAAAAGUGUUUUUGCUAAAAAUGGGCCAUUUUGUAUGAAAAUAAAAAAAGUGACGUGUUAUACGAUGACUGUUCAAAUCUGAGAAAAAAGUGACAUUUUAUACGAUGAAAAGUGUUUUUUGGGUAACCGCUGACAUUUUGCAAUUAAUAAAAAAAAUUUGGGCUGGGUGACAUUUUAUACGACAAAAAUUUAAAUAUGAGAAAACGGGUGACAUUUUAUACGAUGAAAAGUGGUUUUGGGUGACCACUGAAUUUUGUUACAAAAUUCGAAAAAAAUAGAGCUAGAUGACAUUUUAUACGACAAAAACUACUUUAGAAAUAUCGAGGACAUCUUAUAUGAUAAAAAGUGUUUUUUUGGGUAACCGCUUGCAUUUUAUAACAACUCAAAAAAUACAAUGCUAGGUGACAUUUUAUACGACAAAAAUUUUUUUUGUUCUAAAAGUAAAAUUUCAUACAAAAAAAAACGCUUUUAAAAUACGAGCAAUGACCAAACAUAUGAUUUUUUUCAGGUGAUCUCACGGGAGACCAGCGAGUCUACCAUCAUUUCCAAGAUUUUCAACCCGCACGUUUGUGACAUGUACGACGAAUAA